UCCAGGUCUUGGAGCCAGCAAGGAGUCUGGGGACAAAAGGCUGAGAUGUAACUUCAAAACAUUCAGAGGAAGCUUUCGCAUCGGAGGAAGAAGAAAAGUUUUUUUUACCCAGAGGUUUGAUACUGAGAAAGACCAAAUGCAAUACGAUGAAUAAAUACAUAUUGGGUGAUAAUACAGUCAAACAUGAAUAUCCAUUUGGCUGUCUUGCUGACAAUUGAAGUCUCACUGUUCCUGAGUUGUGUUGGUGGAUUCUUAAGUAGAAACCCAUUAGUACCAGAAACUGAACUGUCUAGUAAUGAGCAAAAGGGACAAGAACGUUAUGACGACUCAGGCACUGAAUCAGAUACAUAUGAACCCAAGAAAGAUUUUCUUCAUGCAGAAUCAAACCAGCCUGAAAUCAAGGCUGUGGGAAGUGAAACUGCCCAGUGUGUCCAAUGUUGUGAUCGCCCACCUCGUCGCAGGCAGCGUUACAAUUACUACAAUGAAGAUCCACCAGAAUUUCAAGCUAUCCCUCAAAUCAACCUGACCAUUCUCAAAGGUGAGAAGGGUGACAAAGGGCCACGAGGAUCUUACGGCAAAGAUGGAAAAAUGGGAUACCCUGGACUACGUGGUCCGGCAGGUGCAAAAGGUUCAAAGGGAAAUCCGGGACGGUUCGGAGAGCCAUGUAAAAUGUACUAUGCAGCUUUCUCUGUUGGCCGAAAGAAAGAACUUCACAGUAACAAUUACUUCCAAACAUUGGUGUUUGAUACUGUGUAUGUCAAUCUAUAUGAUCAAUUUAAUAUGUUCACAAAUAAAUUUUACUGCUCCAUUCCAGGUAUUUACCACUUUAGCUUAAAUGUACACACCUGGAAUCAGAAGGAAACCUAUAUGCACAUCAUGAAGAAUGAGGAAGAGGUUGUCAUUCUCUAUGCUCAGCCCAGUGAUCGCAGCAUCAUGCAAAGUCAGAGCAUUAUGAUGGAUCUGAAACAGAAUGAUGAAGUCUGGAUUCGUUUGUUCAAGGGAGAACGGGAGAAUGCCAUCUUCAGUGAUGGUUUUGAUACGUACAUCACCUUUAAUGGCUACCUGAUUAAACCAAACAGUGAGAAUUGAGUGAAUAAUUAAAUCAAUAACACUUCAAUGAAUAGGGGACUGUCAUUAGAAAGCAAUAAGGAAGCUUACAAAAGGGAAACUCCAUCUUUCUGUUAUAAAAGUUGUUUUAUGUCUCUUAUCUCGAUUUAUAGCAGCUAAAAUCAGUUUUGUUACUUGUAUAUUCUUUUUAUUCAGCCUUUCCAAAACACAGAAAUCUGUACUUGUUUUUGUAGUUUGCUUUCAUUCCAUGAUGCUAUAAUAGGCACUGUCAGUCUUAUCAAUUCAUGCAGUUUUGUUCAUUCAGAGAAAACGGUGAAGAUUCAGAUCUCCCCUGUAAUGCAGAAAGCAAGAAUGCUAUUUUCUGUGGCUGAUAUUAAAGUCUCUAAACAUGGAGAAUGUCACAACCAAACAGCCUGCUUUUCUAACCUGUAUAUGAAUGUCCAAUUUAUACUCUGUUAUCAAACUAUCAGAUAACAAGGUGUUAGUGAGUUAUUUUCCCUCAUUAUCUGCGUUCAUAUAAAUAAGAAUGUUAAGAUUAUAUAUUAUGGGAUGAAAUCACUGCAACAAAAUCAAAGCUUCCACUCUGUGCCUAUCUUGAGGGCUGAAAAUGUGUUGCUGGAAAUGCGCAGCAGG